AUGUCUCCCAGCGCGAUAAGCACCCCGCGACGGCAAGACAACAAUAAUGAUGGGCAACACCCCACCAAGACGGCAGCUCUUGCCACAGCGCCACCACCAUUAGAAAGAUCAACAGAUCACCUACCCAAACAGUCUCACUUCUCCAAACAUACCCAAUCUUCGUUUAAUACUAAUUCCAAUCGUCAGCCGCGGAUAGCUUCAUACUUUCGCAUCGAUAUGGCAAACGGGCAUGAGUGGGAUGAAGUGGACAAUCCUCUCGAAGACCCGGAAGAGCUGAGGGUGCUCUUUACUGCUCUGGACUCUUAUAUGCAAUAUGAAAAGGUAGCACGCUUCAACGUCACGCAUCUCCGGAGGCAAUCCUUCUAUGCCCUCCCCGAUGCUCAGUGGAAGAUGCUCGCGGCACCUCCCUUCAACUUCCUAGAGACGCUAAGCAAGGUGGAUGAUGCGAUAGGCAUAAACGCCGACCUCGCCAAGGCCAUCGCGAAGCAUGGUCUCCAUUCCUUCAAUGACCCCUCGCAGAAUCCCGAGGCCGACGAUGUAUCCAUGCCGCAGGAAUGGGUCGGCGUUGCUAAGCACGGCGACAUUGACAAGGCGAGGAGUACGUUACGGCAGUUCUUCCGGGACUGGUCUGCUGAGGGCGCGUCGGAGAGGGAAAAGUCUUACGGUCCCGUCAUGCGCGCCUUGGAAAAGGAAAGGGCUAGGGCUCCCGAGAACUCGGGGUUGAGGGUCCUAGUUCCUGGAGCUGGUCUCGGCCGACUGGUCUUUGACCUUGCAAAAAACGGGUAUCAUGCUGAGGGAAACGAGAUAUCGUAUCACCAACUCCUCGCAUCUUCUUACAUCCUCAACUUUUGCGAACGGGCGGGAAAACACACUAUAUACCCCUGGAUCCACGCCUUCUCUAACCAUCAAACGAGAGAGAACCACCUCCGAGGAUACAGCGUACCCGACAUCCACCCGGGCACGGCCCUAAUGCAAUCCAGCAACAUUGGAACAAUGUCCAUGACCGCUGCUGAUUUCCUCUGUCUGUACGGCGACCAUGAACACCGGGAGCACUACGACGCCGUGGCGGCCGUGUUCUUCCUCGAUACCGCUCCGAACCUGAUCCGCUACCUUGGCGUCAUUUUCAGUUGUCUUAAGCCCGGUGGCAUUCUCAUAAAUGUCGGACCCCUCCUCUGGCAUUUCGAGAAUCAUGCUCCCGGUAAUCACGGGCUCGAUGAUGACGGUGAUGGAGAACAUGACUAUAAGAACUCUUCAGGUAUCGCGGACCCCGGAAGUUUCGAACUCGCGGACGAUGAGGUCAUGGCGCUCGUUGAAAAGCUUGGCUUUGUUGUUGAAUCGAGGGAGAUGGGCGUCGAGGCGCCUUACAUCCACGAUGCUGAUUCCAUGUUGAAGACGGUGUAUCGUGCGAGCACGUGGGUAGCCCGGAAGCCGCUAUAA